CGACGUCAACGCAGCGGGCGGAGCUCUUCCGCCGAGUGUGCGGUGUCCGGGGCCUGUAAGUAGUCGCCCGGCUGUGUCGGGCCUGAGCCGAGCAGUUUCGUGGCAUCGUGGCAUCAUGGAUAACUCCGGGAAGCAGGCUGAGGCAAUGGCGCUGCUGGCUGAGGCGGAGCGCAAGGUGAAGAACUCGCAGUCCUUCUUCUCCGGCCUCUUCGGAGGUUCAUCCAAAAUAGAGGAAGCAUGCGAGAUCUAUGCCAGAGCGGCGAACAUGUUCAAGAUGGCCAAGAACUGGAGCGCUGCUGGGAAUGCUUUCUGCCAGGCUGCCCAGCUGCACCUACAGCUCCAGAGCAAACAUGAUGCAGCCACCUGCUUCGUGGACGCAGGCAAUGCUUUCAAAAAAGCUGACCCUCAAGAGGCCAUUAACUGUCUGAUGAGAGCAAUUGAGAUCUAUACAGACAUGGGCAGAUUCACAAUUGCAGCCAAGCACCACAUCUCCAUUGCUGAGAUCUAUGAGACAGAACUGGUGGAUGUGGAGAAGGCCAUCGCCCACUAUGAGCAGGCUGCAGACUACUACAAAGGCGAAGAGUCCAACAGCUCAGCCAACAAGUGUCUACUGAAGGUGGCUGGCUAUGCUGCACAGCUGGAGCAGUACCAGAAAGCUAUCGACAUCUAUGAGCAGGUAGGGACCAGUGCCAUGGACAGUCCCCUCCUCAAGUACAGCGCCAAAGACUACUUCUUCAAGGCUGCUCUCUGCCACUUCUGCAUCGAUAUGCUCAACGCCAAGCUUGCUGUUCAGAAGUAUGAGGAGCUGUUCCCAGCCUUCUCUGAUUCCCGGGAAUGCAAGUUGAUGAAAAAGCUGCUGGAAGCCCAUGAGGAACAGAAUGUGGACAGUUACACAGAAUCGGUGAAGGAAUAUGACUCCAUCUCAAGGCUGGACCAGUGGCUCACCACCAUGCUGCUGCGCAUCAAGAAGACCAUCCAGGGUGACGAGGAGGACCUGCGCUAGGCCUCCAGCCACUGCCUUCCACCCAUCUGUUAGUAGAGAGAGAUAAGAACACAGGUAGUUCUGAGACUUGCUCUUCCUGGCUGGUGGUGACUUCUACCCCUGGAGCCUUCCCCUGCCCCCUACAAUAACAGCCUCUCAGGUUAGAUCCAGCCCUGGAACUCAACAGGGUUGCCUGGGCCCUGCCCUGUGCCUGCUUUUUUCCCUGCAUCCAGGUCUGUCUAUAGACCUGAAGCUGCAGCUGGCCCAAAAAGGACAAUAAAACCUGCCACUUUUGCAUGA